UCCUGAUAUAAGUAAAUCAGUGUUGUUUUUUUGUCGCAAAAUUGAAUGAUGAUUAAGAUUAAAUUGUUUGAUUGUUUGUGUUUCAUAAUUAUUGUUUUACUUUACUCAUCGACAUUUACUCAAUCAGAAUCGGAUAAUUUUCCAAUUGGUCAAGUAAUUAACUUAGGAAUCUUAAUCCAGUUCAAUGAUGAAAUAUCUAGAGCAAUUAGGAAUGAGACUUUAUUUCAGUUAAUCAAUCGGAUUGAAGGACCAUUGAUUGAUAAUAUUACAACAAAAGUUGAUCUAAUUGAUAACUUUGAUGAUUUCAAUCAACAAAUUGAAGAGGAUCCAACAAAAUGUAAUAAUUACAUGGGAUUAAUUUCAAUUCUUCCUUGUUCAUCAACUAAAUUACUUUACUCUUUAAUUCGUGAUUAUUGUUCAUCUACUCUGUUAAUUUCAAUUCAUGAUCGAACUUGUAUCAGACCAAAUCGUGAUCAUGGAAUUGGUUUUCCAAUUCUAUCAUCAGUUGAUCAUGUUGUUCCAAUGUUAAUUGACAUGAGACAUGAUUUCUUACGGAAAUGGGAUCAUAUUAAUCUGAUUCAUGAUGAUACAAUCGAUAUUGGUGCUCUUCAUGAUUUAGUUGAUGGAUUGAGUAAAAUUCAUGGGCCAGAAAUAACUCCAUCAAUUGUGACAACUUAUCACAUUGGAAAAUCAACUAAUUCAGUUAAGAAUAAGUUAAUUAUUGAAUUAGAUGAAAUAUCUGAUAAUAAUGAUACUGAAGUUACUUCAAUUUCACAACGAGAAACAAUUAAAAUUGAUUCGUCUCGUCUGGAAGAGCAAUUUGUUGAUCAUAUUACUAAUGAUGAAAAUUAUAAACAUUUCAUUAUCAUCGCUCGUAGUAAUCAUAUCAGAGAGAUAAUUAAAUUGGCUCACUCAAAGUCACUUCUUGUUUCACCUCGUAAAUGGUUAAUUAUCUUCAGUGAUAAUCAAGAGAAUCCUGAUUAUUGGUCACAAUUAAGUCCAAUUUUAGCAGCUUCUCAAACUGCAAUUGUAAUUAGAGAGGCUUCUGGAUAUGGUCAGUGUAAUGUGAUGUCCGAUGGAUGUCAAAUUAGAUUAGCAUUGGAAACAUUAAGAUCAUCUUUAAUUAAAGUUGGUCUAACUACUGAUUAUGAUUUUACCGAUGUCGAUAUGAAAAGACGAACUCGAAAUCGGAUUUUAACUGAAAUCAGAUCACAAUUAGGUUCAACUGAAUCAAACUCUGGACAAUAUUGUGGUAAUUGUGAUCGUUAUUCACUGAAAAUGUUUGAAAGAGCGACAGUUGGCCAAUCAAUUGAUUACAUACGUCGGCCGUUUCCAUCAUUAAACUGGCCUGAGACUAAAUUAGCAGCCGAAGAUGAGAUUGAUAAUAUUAAAAUAACUCAAACUGGCGAGUGGACUCCGUUCAAAGGGUUAAUUCAAUCUGCUGACCCUUUGCCCAUUGAUGUUGUCAAUGGCGGUGGUCAAGUUAUCAAGGUUGGUGUAAUUAACCAGCGUCCACUAAUUAAUGCUGAACUGGUUGAGGGUAAAUGUAAACCCAAUGGGACAACAAUUGAGUUACUAAAAUUAAUCGCAUCUCGAAUGAAUUUUACCUUGGAAUAUAUUUGCUGGUCAAGCCUUGAAGAUGAUAAAAUUGGUACUCCACAAUCAGAUAUGAACUGGGACGGAAUUCUGGGUAAAUUGCUUUCAGGAGAAAUUGAUUUAGCAGCAAAUGGUAUUUGGAAAACACCAUCGAGAAUCCAAUCAGGAAAAUUUGAAUUCUUGUUCCCUUACGAUGUUGAUACGGUUUCGUUGGUGGUUGCAAAGUAUCCCGAGGAUGAAAAGUUCUUGUUCAUUUGUCCAUUUACUCCAGGGACUUGGACCUGUGUUAUACUUUGUAUGAUCAUAAUUGGACCAAUUUUCUGGAUUAUCCACCGUUCAGCAAUUUACUACGAUUACUAUAAGAUGAAUGAUGGAAAAGGUUUCUACAAAUUGUUCAACUGUGUUUGGUACUGUUAUGGAGCGAUGGUCCAGCAAGGAGGUGAAAUUUUACCCCAGGCUAUUUCUGGGCGGAUUCUGAUUGCUUCUUGGUGGCUUUUCGUUAUUGUAACGGUGACAACAUAUUCGGGAAACUUGGUGGCUUUGUUGACUUUCCCAAAGAUCAUUCAGCCGAUUCAAAAUGCUCAAGAUGUCAAAAACUCUUGGGGAAUCUCAGUUGGUGCAUCGACUGACAGUUCGAUAGCUGAAAUGAUUCCGAUAAUUAAAUAUUCUGACCUUGCAAUUAUAAGAGAUGAUGUUAAAUAUUAUGAUUUCAACAAGGAGAGAGAUGAAAUCUUUGAAGAUAUUUCCGAUGGAGACUUGGCUUAUAUCAUGAAGGAAUAUGAAGCUCGUUAUUGGGUGACAACUGAAUUCACGCGAACCGGAUUUUGUGGAAUGCAUGUCGCUAAAGAUGCUCUUUAUCGAACUCCUGUUCAUAUGGUGACAAAGAAAGAAAAAUUUCCAGAAUCUUUGUUGAAUGAAAUCAAUCGAUUAUUAUUUCUGAUGACCAGAGCUGGAAUCUCAACUUAUUGGAAGAUGUGGUUCCAAACACCAGGUAACGAUUGUAUGUAUCCAUUGAUUAUCCAUGCAGGAGACGUGAAAAAGAUUGACGUUAUUCAUAUGAUUGGUUCAUAUGUACUUCUUGCCUGGGGCAUUGGAGUCGGUUCGAUAAUAUUGAUCGGGGAAAUUGUUCACAAGAAAUGUUUCGCAGUCAAUCAAUUUGGUUCAAUGAAAAUGGAAGAUGGUUCAAAGCGUGAGAACUCUGGUUCGUCGGGACUUAACGAUAUACUCAGGAGCAUGUACACUCGAUACAAUUCUGAUCCAUCAUAUUCAAAAUGGGCGUCGAAUGUUGAUUAUUUCAAUUCAUCUGAUAAUCGUCCAACCAAAGAGUCCAAAGUAACUCGAUUAUCGUUUAAUCAUCCAAGCAUCAGUCGAGCUCCGUCAACCAAUUUCAAAGCCAAAGCCAAUUGGGCCUCGGGCGUCGCAGCGGCAAGAGCGAAGGCAUCGCCAAACCUUUAUUACGAUCAAAGUGGUUCGAUGUAUUUAACUCAAAUCAGAGGAAUUUACAAUGAUCCAGAAAACUUUCAAUAUCCUUACAGUGAUUUACGAUCUAAUUACAAGUUCAAAUGAUUUCGAAAAUCGUAACAAUUCAAAUUGCUAUUGGUUUUGUUUUUGUUUUCUCUCGUUCUCAUUAAUCUGAUUAUCUUAUCGCAUCUAAAUAAUAACCAUAAUCAUUAUGAUCAACGAACAAUAAAUUUUGAUUGGUGUGUAAUUGUUGUAACAUUGAAUUGUUUUCAUCAAAAUAAAGUUUUAAUUGUUGGAUAAA